AUGCGAGGGAGGGGAGGCGGGAUGGCGAUGGCAGCAGCAGCUGCGAUCCUCUUCUGCUUCAGUGGAGCACAGCAAGUGAAGUCUCUUCGCAGGGAGGACGAGGCCGAGCAACCGGCUCGAACGUCAGCGUCUUCUCCUCUGCCUCUACUCGGGGUCAGGAAUCAUACGCAGCCGCCUUCAUGGCUCCUCAAGCUCCCGUCGGAGCUUCGGGGAGGAGAAAUGAAGUUGAGUCUGAGAAAGAUGAGGAGAGUAGGAUCAGAGAGCACGAGGAAGGUCAGCCUCCUCGAGCGAUCCUCGACAUCUGGUAACGACUUGGCUGCUCUCGCCACGACCACACACAGGGAGCAAAGCGACGCGAUGAGCUCUUCACGAGAGGGAAGUGCUCUGCCACCAGUAGAACGAGAUUGGCACAAGAAGAUGCGUGCAGCAUGGAACUCUAUGCUUACCAAUGCCAGGGUUGGGCUCCUAGCACAGGGAAAGCUGCUCGUCGAACCUCAGCUGAAGGGACCGGCUUCUGACCUCAUGAGCGCUGCCCUCGCCGGCAACCCGUCGUUGCUGACGGAGGAGCUUCGGAAGGAGCAUGCCUCUGUGAACAUCCACAACGAGAUGGGAGAGACGCCGCUGAUGCUUGCUGCCAUCAGCGGCAACACCACAGCUCUCGCCCUGCUCCUGGCUCGGGGAGCGCAGCUGGACGCGAAGGAUAUGCACGGCUGGACGGCGCUGAUGAAAGCUGUUGCUCUGGGCGACACGGAGAUGGUGAAGUUCCUACUUGAAGCUGGAGCAGAUGCCAAGGCGGAAAACAAUGCUGGGCAGAGCGCUAUGUCUAUUGCCAAGAUGUGGGGCAAGAAGAAAGCAGCCCAGCUGCUCAUCGACGCUGCUCCUGCUGCUGCUGGGGCUGAUGGUCCAUCAUCGAGCUACUCGCAUCCAGCACGACAAGACGCGGGCACACGAGGAAACGUGGGACGUCAAGCGGUGCAGACGUCGGCGCGAUCGAAACAGGCGAGAAGUAUGAAGGGCGCUGUGAUCCGAGCGUGUGCGGACACGAUCAGUGAGGUGGAUGAGCUGAAAGGAAUGAUCGAGAAUAUGGAGGCCAAGAUGAAGAAAUCAGAUGAGAUGUGGAUGGAGACGCUGAAGCGGAAGACUGAAAACCAGAUGGAGCAAUACCGCAUGAUCAAGAGCCUCGAGCAGGAGAUCCAAAUGUCAAGACUGCAAGUCGAGAGCUUGGAGGGAAAGCUUGAGGCAAUCGAGGUCUCCAGGCAGCUCAAUGAAGUGAAAGAUCAACUGCAAGGAACCGCGGCCGGUCUCUCUACCAUGUCCAAGACCUUGGAGUCAACCUUGCAGAUGCUCGUGCGGAAACUCGGGCUCGACGAGCCUGCUCUGGCCACUCUCUCACACCCUGUGCCUGCGACCAAGUUUGAGUACAAGAAGGAGGACGAGGUCGGAGGAAAGUGCCCUAGAUGGCAAAACCAGAUCGAGGCUACGCCUGCUCAAGAGUGUCGAGCUUCCGUUUCUCUGCCUGAUGGAUCAGAGGACGUCAGGACGUCGUCUACGUGCGGAGGGUUGGAAGUUGUCAGUGUCGAAUCUUCUCGAGCAUCGUCGGCGCAGCAGCAGGGGCAGCGUGCAGACGCGGAGCAGCCGUUGAAGCCGAUCUCUCUCGAGGGGCCGGAAAGUCCUCAGCAACCUUUCCCGCCAAAGAUUGCGUUGCGAGAAGAGCGCUUGAAACUGAGAGAGAACGGAGCCGAGGGCACGUUCAACCUCAGGACCGCAGAUGCCUCAUCAUCCUCUGUGUAUGGGGAGGAGAAGGGACACGAUGAGGAGAGCAGCGGUCAGCAGAGCGUGGCUAUUCUGCUGUCAGUGUGGACGAGUUUCCUCAAGAGCGAAGUCUCAAAGCAGGCUGGACAAGUGUUGCGCGGCCUCGUCAGGACCUUCGCGCGUGUUGCACACUUUUUGCGGUCAUAUGACUGGCAUGAGGUGCGAAGGGGGUCUCUUUGGGCAGGGGUAGUGACUCAGGGGAGUGUAGGGGCGUUUAGCUUUGGACCGACCAGUACGGCAGAAAACUUGCAACGUCAACACGAUGGGGAGGAGGAGAGGGAUGACAUUGAUGUGGAUGACGACAGUCAGUUGAGAGGCCAAGAGCCCCAUGAUAGCAGUGAUGCAAGCUUUGAUGAGGUGCAAGAGAAGGACAUCGUGAUGCAAGAAGAGAGCUCAGUGGAAGGAAUGGACACAGCAAUCGAAGAAGACCACGAUGCCCAGAACCAGGUUGAUGCCGCAGCCGUUGACAAGAACGCAAGUAAAAGGUCGUCGAGAAGGGCGAAUGGGAACGGUGGAAAGGAAAGGAAGGCUCCAUACCAUAUCCGCAAGAGUGACAUUCCUCUCUACUCGGUCGAUGAGACCGGUUCACUCGAGGAGCUGUCCUUGAGGUCACGCAGCUCCUUGUCCCCAGAGAGCAGCUUCGACAUGGGCUAUGCCGAACCCCAGCUCGCUCAGCAGCCCACCAUGACGGUUCGGCCAUGGAUGGAUGAUCCGGCCAUGGGAGGAUUCAAUCCCCUCCCGCAGAGGAAGGCUCUGCAUCAAACUCCCUGCAAGCGGCUCGCGCGCUCUAAAUUGCCAUUCGCAAACAUGCCAGAUAGGAUGGACCAGGCGCUGAUCAUGAUUCAGAACGACAUCAACUACCUCAAGAAGGGGAACUUUGCCGGCAGCAAGCUGAUGCAGCUAAGUGGAAGCCCUCACGAGAGGAAGAAGACGCUUCUGAAACAACGUUCGAGAUCGACAGAGCCGGUCCUCGUGGGGAGGAUGCAUAAAUCCCUCAGCGAUCAAGUUCCGGACUGGGCAGAGGGAGAAGGUCGGUCUCACCAUACAGCCAUGAUACAAAGAUGA